UCCUAGAGCUUUACUUGAAAAAUAAAAACCCUAGAGCGGCCAUUACAGCCAGCAAGGAUUGCCGCGAAGAGCACAGCAAUCUCGUACUGCUCUCACGGCCGGCGACGGCGACGGCGGCUCCCUCUCUCAGGUUGCUUAUUUGCGGAGCGUGAGUUGCUCGAAGGCCAAGCAGUGUUACUUUUAACGUACUCUGGUUAAACAAACGGAGUGCAGUGUGGAAAUUUAGCAAGUUCUUAAGAUGGACGAGAGUGGUAACAUGCGUUCCGAUGAUAGAUCGAACAAAGAAGCUUCUCAACUAUCUGCAUUGCUGAAGGAAAUGAAGGAAGGAUUGGACACAGUCACCAAUAAAGUACAGGCUCUAACUGCUAAGGUAAAAUCAAACCAGCUCCCGACAUCAGAUGGGAUAAGCUAUCUUGAUGCCAAAUAUUUAUUACUUCUAAACUAUUGCUCUUCACUUGUAUACUAUUUGCUCCGCAAAGCCAAGGGGUUCUCAGUUGAGGACCAUCCUGUUGUCAGGAGUCUUGUGGAGAUAAGAUUAUUUCUAGAAAAGAUUCGACCUAUUGAUAAGAAGCUCGAGUACCAGAUUCAGAAGCUCACAAAAGUUUCUGUUGUUGGAAACGAGAAUGCAUUUGUGGCUGAAAAGGAUUCAGCUACGCCUCAGGCUAUGGAUGAUAGGUUAAAAUAUCGUCCAAACCCUGACAUGCUUGUCGGUAAAUCAGAUGGGGCUACUGAGGAUGGAGAUGGUAUAUAUCGUCCACCAAAGUUUGCCCCUACUUCUAUGGAAGAAGAUAAGGUUUCUAGGAAGGAAAGAAAUUUCUUGAGAAAGGAUAGAGAGACGCUCCUACGAGCUAGACAAAGUGAUUAUAUUAGGGAUAUGAUGGAUGAUAUGGCUGGGAAGCCUGAGGAGAUCAAAGAAUCUGUUGGAAUGGAAAAUCAAGAAGUUGCAAGAUAUGUGGCAAAAAGGGACGAACGUGAACGAAGAGAAGAGGAGCUUUUCACUCGUGCACCUCUUACAAAGAUGGAGAAAAAGAAAGAAAAAUACCUGAAGAAGUCGAGAUAUGGGAUGCGUGGUAUAACUGACAGCUUCUAUGACGAAAUAAAAACCUUGCCCAUGGAAGGUGCUGAUCGUGAGCUACCGACAGGUUUUGGUAGAAGUAGCAGCGGAAUGAGAAAACAUAAGAAGCGCAAGGGCAGGCAUUGAAGUCCAGAUGAGCAUCAGGAAAAUGGGAAUGCUUCGGGACAAGUGUGUGUCGACAUGAAAAUCUUAUUUUUGGGUAAAAUUUAUAUUAUCAAAGGGUUCUUUACUUGCUAAUUAAAGUUAAUAUUAAAUUACUAUAUUGUGUCAUCUUCAUUCUUAAAGAUUCAUUAAGGAUUAGAAGUCCAUGUUGGUUGGUACGAUCAGGAUCAGUGUGAUAUCAAACUGAACAAAUGUCCAGGAACAGUUCUGACAGGUCUACAUGUAAAGUCAUCGUUCUCUCAUAAUCUUUGCCUUUUUCUUUUGUUGUAUACUAUUUUCCGGGAACAAAGGUUAUUAGUGACAAGCGACAAAUCAAGUAUCCCAGAUAUUUUAUCCAACUUUUUUUUCAAUGUAUUUUGUUCUUGAAAUUGUUGACUUUCCAUCAAGAUGUUGACAGCUUGACAUGAUUCCUCAGGGUUCUGGAUGACAAAUUGUUGGCUGAAAUUAUGUUCAUGUAGAACUGUUUUAUGAAAAGAACUUGGUUACUGGUA